CAAAACUAUAACACAAGAAUAAACAAAACACGUCUUCUUGUUAUUAGUCAUGGACAUCGUGAGACCAACGGUGGAGAUUCCACCUCGAAAGCUUCUCUCGUCUUCCAAGUCUUUUUCAGGGGAGGCUUCCCCUCGUUCUUCGCCGCGUAAACAUAACUGGAACAACAAGAGCAACAAGACCUCUACAUCUGAACAAGAAGAGGACAGCUUCAACGAAGACAACACCAACACCAACACCAACAACAACAAAGAUGCUAAAGAGUAUUGUUAUGAUUCCGACACCGAUGAUCCUUACGCGAGCGACCAUUUCCGUAUGUUCGAAUUCAAGAUCCGACGUUGCACCCGUAGCCGAAGCCACGACUGGACUGACUGUCCCUUUGCUCAUCCCGGAGAGAAAGCUCGCCGUCGUGAUCCUCGUAGGUUUCAAUACUCGGGUGAGGUUUGUCCCGAGUUUCGUCGUGGUGGUGAUUGUAGCCGUGGAGACGACUGUGAGUUUGCUCAUGGAGUCUUUGAGUGUUGGCUCCAUCCCAUUCGUUACCGUACUGAGGCUUGUAAAGAUGGUAAACACUGUAAGAGAAAAGUAUGUUUCUUCGCUCAUUCGCCACGUCAGCUUAGGGUUCUUCCGCCGGAAAAUGAUUCCGGCGGCUCAUCAGCCUCUACGUCUCAAGCCAAGAAUCAGAAUCCUUGCUGUUUGUUUUGUAGCGGUUCUCCGACGAGUACUCUUUUGGGUAACUUGUCUCAUCUUUCUCGAUCUCCCUCCUCAUCUCCACCUCUUUCUCCGGCUCACAAAGCCGCUGCCUUCUCACGGCUGAGGAGUUGCGCCGCUUCUGCUGCAGCCGCAGGGUCGGUUAACUAUAAAGAUGUUUUAAACGAGCUUGUUAAUUCGUUGGAUUCUAUUACCCUAGCGGAAGCCUUGCAGGUGAGUUCCCCUUCUCCUUCGCCUGUUUCUGCGGCAGCUGCGGCGUUUGCCUCGUCCUGCGGUUUGAGCACUCAGCGUCUCCAUAUCCAACAACAGCAACAAAGCAGUCCUUUACAAUUCGCGCUCUCGCCUUCCACUCCAAGCUACCUAACCAAUUCGCCUAGGGCAAGCUUCUUCAGCGAUGAUUACACUCCUCGCCAGCGAGAAGUGAAUGAGUUUACACCCUCGGCGGUUAGGGAGAAGACUAGGUUUGAGGAUGGUUCUUGUGGCGACCCUGAUAUUGGAUGGGUGAAUGAUCUCUUGACUUGAUAGAUCCACGAGUGUAUAUUCUGGUGGAGAUUAAUUUACGUUCAUGAAUCAUGGGGAAUAUGAUCAGUGCCAACGGUUUGGUCAGUAUGCAUGGAGGGAUUGUUGUUGAAAUUGUUUUCGAGAUUUUAUUGUUUUACGGAUCUCCACGGGAGCUAAUUAAGAAUCGUCUGUAUUGUCUUUGUUUCUAGAAUUCUAUCUUUUUGGUUGGAUUUUACCCAAUAAUAUGUUUGAACUUGUAUCAUGUGGACUCGGAUUGUAUAAUGUUUCACUAUUUCUAUGAAUAUUUUCG